CCUUGGUAUCCCUUACAGCUUUUUGCUCAGUGAUAUCGUUCGCAUCAGCUAUGCCCUCCACCUCAUGCUUGUUUUUCCCGGUAUUUUCCAUCCACUGCGACUCAACUUGAAUGACCUCCUCUCUCCUUCGUCUAGGCCUCUGGUUUCCCAUUUUUGUAGGAUUACAUUAAGCACCAUCGGACUAAUUUCUCUCGUCUUCUUGGGCGCAAAUUUUAUUCCCAGCAUCUGUGAUGUUUUCCAGUUCUCUGGAGCGACCGCUACAGUCUGCAUUGGAUUCAUCUUUCCUGCUGCCAUUGCUCUAAGGGAUGGCAUAGCAACGAUGAAGGACAAGAUCUUAUCUGUUUUCAUGAUCGCUCUUGCUGUGUUUUCGAAUUUGAUAGAGAUAUACAUCGAUGCUACUGCCCUUUUCAAACAGAAGGUGUCCAUUAAUGCAUGGUUUUAUAUUGUUCAGAGGCUAUUGUUAGAUGAAUAUCCUAUACUAUACCUGUAGAGCAUUGUCAUUUGAAAACACCAGUAAACACUCAAGUUUUCCGGGGAGAUAUAUAUAUGUAAAACAGAGCGAAUUCUAUAUCGUCUGUGAUAAAAAUGAAAAUUAAGGG